GAUUCAUCUGCCAGACACCCGCGACCUCUGAUUCUAAAGAUCACCACACACCGCGUAACAGCACGUCAGAAUCAGAUCGAUCAAAAAUAGUCUCUGGUGAGUGGUGUCUGGUCUUCAAUUUUUUCUUUUAAAAAUGUAUUAAAAAGAAAAUUUUUGAAAACCCAUCCACCCUCGACGAAAUCGUUGGAGCUUUGUCCUCAUCUUUCUUCGUUUGCUCCGGCGAUCUCUCCUCCCAUAUGGUGGUGCUUCCGUACCCUAGCCCCGACAGCGACACUAGGUUCCUUGGCACUUGGCUUAUGACAGUGUGAAGUUGAUACGACCUGGAAGAGAAAUAUUCAUACUGCUCUUGUCUGUAACAGUGAAAAUGGUGAAGCUAACAAUGAUAGCUCGUGUUACCGAUGGCCUUCCACUAGCAGAAGGACUUGAUGAUGGCCGUGAUGUAAAAGACACUGAAUUCUACAAGCAGCAGGCUAAGGCUUUGUUCAAGAACCUGUCAAAGGGCCAGAAUGAGGCUUCAAGAAUGUCUCUUGAAACUGGUCCUUAUGUUUUUCACUAUAUUAUUGAAGGCCGUGUAUGCUACCUGACAAUGUGUGAUCGUUCUUAUCCAAAGAAACUUGCAUUUCAAUAUCUAGAAGACCUCAAGAAUGAAUUUGAGAGAGUCAAUGGGAAUCAAAUUGAAACUGCUGCCAGACCUUAUGCCUUUAUUAAAUUUGAUACAUUCAUACAGAAGACCAAGAAAUUAUACUUGGAUACGCGUACUCAGCGGAACCUUUCAAAGUUGAAUGAUGAACUCUAUGAAGUACACCAAAUAAUGACUCGAAAUGUACAGGAAGUUCUUGGUGUUGGUGAAAAGCUGGACCAGGUUAGCCAAUUGUCGAGCCGGCUGACAUCUGAAUCUCGCAUCUAUGCUGAUAAGGCAAAAGAUCUAAAUCGACAGGCUUUGAUUCGGAAAUGGGCGCCUGUUGCCAUUGUCAUUGGAGUUGUCAUCCUCCUAUUUUGGGUCAGAAAGAAGAUCUGGUGAUUACACCUCUUUGCAAUACUGAGUAGUUCCUGCACAGAGUAGCCGGAUUUCUGUUGUUUUCUUGGUUUGGAGGAGUAUCUUUGACAUUGUGAUCAUCAGGCUGCAGAGUGGAUCUCACCCAUGUGGGAUAUUUCGAUCAUGUAACCAAGACCAAUACAAGUUUUCGCUCAUACAAAAACCCAUGGAUGUGAGGACGCAAAAUGUUGUGGUGGGACAAUUGAACCAGAAAUAGUAUAAUUGAAUUUGAGCAAUUCUUUCUAAGUUAGUGAAAGACUACAAUUACUGUUAGUUUGUUAUAUUUAUAUAAGAAUCGAGAGAGAAAGGGAUCUACAUACCAA